CGAAGAUGACGUACAACCAUGUCACGUGAGACUGUUCGUCACUUCCAAUGUGGGUAGUGCUUGUUGGGUUCCGCUUCCGGUCCCAAUCUCCGGCUGAUUGCAUGUGUGCAAAGUGUCUGCAGGUAUUGAGAAGCUGCUGUUGUGAUUUAAGUGUUAACAGACUCAAUGGAGGACAAGAAACGAUUGGCAUUUUCCAUUAUCCAGUAUUUACAUGAUCAGUUACAUAAUGGCGGACUCACCUCAGAUGCACAGGAGAGUCUUGAAGUUGCCGUCCAGUGUCUGGAAACUGCUUUUGGAAUUUCCAUAGAGGAUCAAAGCUUGGCAGUAGAACAGACACUGCCAGAAUUAUUUGCAGCAGCUACAAUAAAGGAAACAUCACCAUUAAAUUCUGGGAUAUCCACUCCUUCUGAAGAGGAUAUAACAGAAGCCGAAAGACUAAAAACAGAAGGCAAUGAACAAAUGAAGGUGGAAAAUUUUGAAAGUGCAGUUUUCUUCUACACAAAAGCUCUCCAGCUGAAUCCAACAAAUGCUGUAUACUUUUGCAACAGGGCUGCAGCUUACAGCAAGCUUGGAAACUAUGCAGGAGCUGUGCGGGACUGUGAGGAAGCUAUUUCAAUUGACCCAAAUUACAGCAAAGCAUAUGGCAGGAUGGGGCUGGCUCUUUCAAGCCUAAAUAAGCAUGCGGAGGCUGUUGGCUUUUAUCAAAGAGCCCUAGAACUGGACCCUGACAAUGAUACCUACAAAGCAAAUUUGAAGAUUGCAGAACAGAAAAUGAAGGAAAUUCCCAGUCCUAUGACAGCCCCAGGAGGGUUUGAUUUAGCUGGCUUGCUGAAUAACCCUGGUUUUAUGAAUAUGGCAUCUAACCUCAUGAACAACCCUCAAGUGCAGCAGUUGAUGUCGGGAAUGAUUUCAGGCUCCCAUAAUUCCAUGGGUGGUGCUGCAGCUCCAGGGAAUGUCCCUCCUGCUGACCUUGCCGGUCUCAUACAGGCUGGUCAACAGUUUGCACAGCAAAUGCAACAACAGAACCCAGAAUUAAUAGAAGAGUUGCGUAGCCAGAUUAGAAGCCGGCCCCCCAGUUCAAGCAACGAUGAUCAGCAUCCAUGAGCUGUAGAGAGGCUGCAGGGAUUGCAACACUUCAUUGGAACUGGCAGGAACUACUGAUUAACCACAUCAGGGCCUGACUUCCUCCUAGUUUUUUUUUUUAAUAUUAUUAUUUUUGUGGGCAGUGGUUAAACACAUACUUUGGGGUCAGGAAUCAGGUUUUUUUUUUGUAAAGUUACCUCAUUUCUACCAUCACAUCGCCAUCUGUACAAGGACCCAUUAAAUGUCAAUUUCUACAAGGUAGCGCAAAGGGCUGAUCCAGUAUGAACAUUUAGUCUUUCUGCUCCUAAUGAAGAAUAAACUUUUGUUGGUGUCCUCCUCCCUCCUAAACUGUUUUUCAUGUAUGAUUUAUACUAGAGGUGCGCAAACUCCAGCCAUUGAGGGCCGUAAACAGGCCAUCUUCUCUUUCCUUGGGGAAUCCUCUACCUGCGUCCUGAAAUCUGGCAUGUUUGUGACUCUCAACGACUGUAGUCAGGCACUUCUUUAUUAAACAAGGCUCUUCCAUUUGGUUUGGUGACAUUUUUCUGUCUGUGAGGGCUGGAAUGUUACAAAUUGUCUGACAGAAUUCCUCUGGAAAUAUUGCCAACUUCUGGGUGGAUGUCCUAGUCUCUUUUCCUGAGCUACAAUAAAAGGCAUAUGAUCUGUGACGAAA